UGAACACAAAGCUGAUGAAGCUUCACAAGAAAUUUGACAAGGUUUUAGAGGACAUUGUCCAAGAGAAUCAAAAGAAGCAUAUGAGAGAAGGAGACGAGAGUGCCUUGGAAGAAGAAAAUCUUGUUCAGGUUCUUUUACGAAUUCAGCGAAGUGAAAGCCUUGAUGUCCCGAUUACAACUGACAACAUUAAAGCUGUUAUUUCGGAUAUGUUCAGUGGUGGAACUGAUACUUCAGCAACUGUAUUGGAGUGGGCUAUGUCAGAACUGAUGAGCAAUCCACGAGUGAUGAAAAAGGCACAAGCUGAGGUUAGAAAUGCUUUUAGAGGAAAGAAAGUAAUUCAUGAUAGUGAUAUGAUGCAACUUAGUUACUUAAAAUCAGUAAUCAAAGAAACUUUGAGGCUACACCCACCGGUUCCUUUACUGAUCCCAAGAGAAUGCAGAGAAACUUGUCAGAUUAAUGGAUAUGAGAUACCCGUCAAAACUCAAGUUAUAAUAAAUGCAUGGGCACUCGGAAGAGAUUCAAAAUAUUGGUAUGAUGCUGAGAGGUUUAUACCAGAGAGGUUCCAAGGCAAUUCUGACAUUGAUUUCAGAGGAACAAACUUUGAGUACAUCCCUUUUGGAGCAGGAAGAAGAAUGUGUCCAGGCAUUUCAUUUGGUUUAGCAAGUAUUGAGCUUCCUCUAGCCAGCUUAUUGUGCUACUUUGAUUGGGAAUUCCCAAAUAGAGUGAAACCUGAAGAUUUAGACAUGACUGAAACAUUUGCCACUACAGCUAGAAGGAAAAAUAAUUUGUGUUUGAUUCCCACGCCAUACAGGAUUGAUCCCCUUCUUGGCACUUCCUAGCGAAGAAUCUGGCUUUGUAUCUGUCUGUCUGUCUGUCUGCAUAAGUAUAAGGAUGUGUUUGCUAAGUUCUGUUAUUAGACUAUUAAAUCUAU